AUGGAGCCCAGCUGCGGCUGUCCCGAGGCUCUGCAGCAGCAAGCUGCUUCUCCGGAGCCCGCAGAGGCGGAGUCCUCCACGGCCUCAACCGCACCCGCAGCAGCAGCAGCAGCAGCAGCAGCAGGGAGGGCCUCCUGCGCAUGGGCGUCGGCGGACGUCCAGAACGGGGCGGAGGCUGCAGCUGCAGCAGCUGCUGCUGCUGCAGCUGCUGCUGCUGCAGGGGGCUCAAGACAUGCAGCUUCAAAGGCAACGCAGCUGCCAGGAGCCUCUGAGGUUCUUGCUGCUUCCGGCGAAGUGCCUGCAGCAGCUCAAGAGCCCAACAGUGACAAGCGGGCGGAGGAGGACCACGAUGUGACCACUGGUCCAUUGGCGGCGAACGGCAAGCAGCAGCAGCAGCAGCAGCAGCGCCAGCUGCAGAGGAAAGCUCAGGGACAGCAGCACCGGCAGCACGAAGAGCAGCAGGAGCCGCCGCAGCAGCAGACGGCCGCCAAGGCCGCUGCAGCAAAUACAGGUGAAUCGUCGGAGGCAGCAGGAGGCACGGACAGGCAGCAGCAACGGCAGGAGGCGCAGCAGCAGCAAGAAGUGAUGCAGCAGCAGCAGCAGCAGCAGCAGCAGCAGCAGCACGGGGCACACCAACAGCGGGGGGAGGUGCCGGGGGAGCAGCAGCGCGGGAAACAGCUGCAUGCAAGGAAGACCAGCAGCAGAGUGGACAGCAGCAGCAGCAGAGCGUCUCUGGCAAGCUCAAGCGGCGAAGCACCAGCAGCAGCAGCAGCAGCAGCAGCAGCAGCAGCAGCAGCAGCAGCAGCAGCGAGCCCAGCAGCGGCGGCUCUCCUAGCGCCAGCAGCAGAGGCAGCAGCAAAAGACACAAACAAAGUCUACACUAUUCAGGAGAUAAUGAAGUAUGCAGUUAAAAGCCAGAGGCCCUUCCACCCCUCUGUACCCCUUGAAAGCCAAACGGGGGCCCCCCAGGGGCCCCCCCUAGGGGCCCCCCUAGGGGCCCCCCUAGGGGCCCCCGGGGGGGCCCCCCUAGGGGCCCCCGGGGGGGCCCCCCUGGGGGCCCCCGGGGGGCCCCCAGGGGGGCCGCAGGCAGCCGAAUCUUUGGGGGCUGCUGCAGCAGCUGCAGCAGAAGAGCAGCAUGCGGGCGAGGCUGAGGGAGGCGGGGCGGAAGCAGGAAGUUUGCUGCAGCAGCACGCAGCAGAAGCUGAAGCAGCAAAGGCCUCCAAAGGCGACACGGCACCUCUUAGUGCUGCUGCUGCUGCUGCUGCUGCUGCUGCUGCUGCUGCCCCUGGGGCCCCCGCGUUGCAUGCGGGGCCCCCAGCAGCGCUAGAGUCUCAUGAGGAAAGAGAAGCUUAUUUUCGCUCUUGCUUUUGCGAGUGA